CAAUUAAUUUCUCUCCGUAAUUGUUAAAAUAAAAUUAAUUUAAAAAAUGUGGCCACACUAUUCUCCAAUUAAAAACAGCUGUUUGCUUGUCAAAUUCUUCUUUGGUACGACUGCAACUGUUUUCGUAAGGAAAUUACGUAAAAUUCAUUUAUUAUGUCGUUCCUCAAAUCACAAUAUUACGAUUAUCCUGACGGGGAGGAUGCGUUUGGAAAAAUAGUAGCCACCAAUAAAUAUGCUAUUGGCACCGGUCUCGCUUGGUCAACAUUCGAUGUACUGAUGUUAUCCAAAACGCAAGGUUACCUGCCAACAAUAGCUCGAUUUGCAUAUAACACUGGUCCAAUGAUGGGCAUGGCAACUGCGUUCACAUUGACCACUUUGAUUUCGACAAAUGUACGCGGCAAGGAUGACAAAUUAAAUUAUUUUCUUGGUGGAUUUGCCGCUGGUGCAGUGUACGGUGCGUGGAGACGGAAUCAUGUUGCCGGUCUCGUUGCAGGUCUUUUCUUUGGUAUGGCAGGUGCUGUGAAGAAACUAUCAAAGGAAGAAGGCUGGGAAUUCUUUCCACCAAUCAAACAUCAACAAGGCUCAUUAAAUGGUGUUCUUCAUGACUUUACUCUAAUGAAAGACCCUGCCAAACGUUCCGUUGAAAAUUAAAAAUAAAAAUAUAUCUAAAGAAAUAUAAACGAAAAACAUCUAAUUUAAAUGUUGUAAAAUCUCACAACUAUGUGUAUUAAGAGAAACAAAUUAGGAGUGAAUACUUACUAAAUUCCUUGUAAGUGUACCGAAUACAUAUCUAAAAUUGUAUAUUUCAAUGUGA